AUUGUUGUUGUUGUUCAUGUGUUCUAGUCUAGUGGUUUCCCUGCCACAGGCCUCCGGUGUUACUCGUGCCUCCUGUGUUUUUUGUGGAUUACUUUGGAUUAUUCACCGGUUGUGUUUUGGACUGCUUACCACCUCACCUGAUCAGAGAGGAUGAAGAUGGAGCUGGAAGCUGCAGAUUGUUGGACACAUCAGGAGAAGAGACACCGACUCUGAGCUGCAGAACCUGUUCCAUCCACGAGGAGGCGGUAAGGAAACAUUUCAGGAUGCCGACCGCCAUUAAAACUCAAAGGAGAAGAAGAGAACCGGAACCGGAACCGGAACCUUUCCACAGACGCUUCAGUGCGGAGCUGUUAUUCGGUGACACUCUGCGAUCAGCUGUUCGAUCGGCCGCAGCUCCACCGGAGGUUUCCCGUGAAUCAGCUGAUCUGACCGUUUCCCGCCGGUAAGUGGCUCGUUGUUGACAAACAGCUGCCGCUGGUCUCAGGUGAAGACAAACUGCCAGAGGACACGUUUAGAGAACAACCGGCCGCGUAGCUCCACGUGCCGAGCAGAGUCCUGUCCGGACGCUGGGGACAUCUAGGGGCCCCCGGUAGGGCUGUGCUUCCUCCCCCUGAAGACUCUUCGUGUUCAGGCAGCAGGUCACAUUUCAAAAGAUAUAGAACAAGUUUCAUCUUUUCUCCUGUACCGCCGUCCUGAUCCGGUCCUGAUCCGGUCUCCUCUCCGUCCUGAUCCGGUCCUGAUCCGGUCUCCUCUCUGGUCCUGAUCCGGUCCUGAUCCAGGGAGACGACAGGAACUUGUUAAAAGCCAGCGGGUCGUCAUGGAGCCGGCGUGCCGUAAAGACAAGCCGAAGCUGAACUCCACCCCGACGAGAGGAGACCGAGCCAAACAGAAGUCCGCUCAGCAGGAGCUCAAACAGCGACAGAGAGCAGAGAUCUACGCGCUGAACAAGGUGAUGACGGAGCUGGAGCAGCAGCAGUUUGAGGCCUUCUGUAAACAGAUGCAGUCACAGGGAGAAUGAAGAGUCCCGCCCCCCUCCGGACCAGGACCUCCAGGAACACAACGUGUUCGCCGGUGUGCGUUUAAAUAUCAGCCUUUUGUCAGCUCGUCUUUCUGUACUGAACCAGAUUUAACACAGAUUGUGGUCUGUGAAGGACCUCUUUCAAGAAGCACCAGCUGCUAAACGUUCAGGAGACUUCCGGUGUGCGGUCAGGGUGAACGCUAGCCGCCCUCGUGCAGCCCCGCCCCCUCCUGCGUGUUUUGUAUCUGACUCAGAAGUAAAAAUGAUGAUUCUGUAUUUUAGCUUAAAGAGCACGCUGAGUCUCUUUCUGUUUCUUAUCUCAGCGUUUUCAUUCUUCUUAAUUCUCCACCUUCAGUGUUUCCUCCAAACGGGCCCCCCGCUGUCCCUUCUCCCGGCCCGCCGAUCAGCCGGCCCACGUUUGGUCCCGUCUCUGGUGUCGGCUGAGCGUCGGGUUACUGCUGCUAGUGACGCGACCAGCUACACCCGCGUCAUGUGAUCGAACGAGCCGCACGCACCGCGUUAGACCUGAGCAUUGAUCGGCCGCUCCAACGCGCAGCCAUUGAUCACCUGACUCUUGUUUCUUGAUCUGGAUCCACAAAGCGGCUUCUGGUCCUCGUGGCUCCACACGCACGAGACGAGACGCCAAAACACGAACCACACAGAACAUCACACGGCUGCCGUCCCGCCUCCACUCACUCAGCUCACGCAGUGUGCACCAUGUCGUCUGAAGGCCCCGGGGUGUGGCCCCCGGGGUGUGGCCCCCCCGGGGUGUGGCCCCCGGGGCACAUCUAUGGGUUCUUUUAAAACCCACAUGUUUAGUUUCCUGGUGCUUCGUAAUGUGCGUGUUUGAUAUCACGUUCUUGCCCCUUCGGUCUUUUCCUGUAUAAACUGUUUGUGUAAAGUGUCGCUGGCUGCUGUAAAUAAAGUUUAUAGAAAUCCAA